AAGGCAUUAUGAAAUGUGAAACCAGAAUGGUGAAGGUUCUGUACGCCCUCCAACAGUGUAGACCCUGCCUGGGUGUGGGUUUAAGGGUGCUCUGCACAGCUGUUCACUCCAUGCAAUGUUGAUUUUGGCUGAUGUUGGAGAAAUGUUGGAUUUGAGGGGAUUCACUGCAGGGUCAGUGCAGAGCAGACAGGUGGGUUUCAUGAGGAGUCAGGAGCUGGCCAGUCCCCACUGGACACUAAAGCAGAAACUGAAAGCAGCGGCCAGCAGUUCCCCUUUCGUAGCUUUAUUUCUCCAUUUCAGAAGAACUGCAGGAAUUCUGAGAUAAUUUCCUAGUUAUUAUGUACUCAUCUUUUGUUCCUCGAAACCCUUCCGCACCCAGUGCCUGGGGAUAAAAGUGGCAGCACAGCAGAGGCUGAGCAUCGUGCAGAGCAGAGACCUGCAGCCACCCAACUCCAGCCCUGCUCACUGUGCCAACAUCCUGCAGACCAUGAAGGGCCCCGCAGCCGUCCUGGCCACUCUGCUCCUCCUGGCCCUCUGCUCCUCAGCUGUGGCCCAUCUGGAGCAUCUACCCACAACCUGCUGCUUCUCCUACGUUCCACAUCCCAUCCCACGCAACGUCAUUGCUUCUGCCUUCCCCACCAGCAGCAAAUGCCGCCUGCCGGCAGUGAUCCUGGUCACCAAGAAGGGGAAGGAGGUAUGUGCAAACCCCGAGGAGUCCUGGGUGCAGAAACGCCUGGAACUCUUCCAGAGCCAAGAAAACUGACCUUCUGUGCAAUUAUAGAAUCAUAAAAUGGAUGGAUUGGAAGGGGACCUCGCAGCACACCCAGCUCCAGCCCUGCUCUAGACUCUUGCACCCCCCCACCCUCCCAAGCUCAGGGUGCCCAGGGCUCAUCCAAGCUGGUUUGGGCAUAUCUGGGGCACCCACAACUUCCCUCCUAUCCAUCCCACCAAUGCUAAGGAAGUGAAAAUACAGAGAUGAUUCAGAACACAUCAAAAUGCUUGCUAAAGAGUCAAGAGCUCUGAUGCCUAAAUAAAAU